AUGGGGUGGGUUCUACAAUCUGGGUGUUUAUUUUCUGCCGUGUUCAUACUGUUUAUACAGGGGUUUUACAGAGUCAACUCGGAGCCGACUCAGGAUAAGCAAGCGCUCCUUGCUUUCCUAUCCCAAAUUCCACAUGAGAAUCGUCUCCAGUGGAAUGAAUCUGAUUCGGCAUGCAAUUGGGUUGGCGUUCAAUGUGACCCCACAAAUUCGUCUGUGUAUUAUUUGAGGCUUCCCGGGGUUGGACUCGUGGGUGAGAUUCCGUCUGACACACUGGUUCGUUUGACUCAGCUACGAGUUCUGAGUCUGCGUUCAAACAGGCUUACUGGUUCAAUUCCGCCUGAUUUCUCUAAACUCGAGCACCUACGGAGCCUCUACCUCCAGAACAACCGGUUCUCCGGCGAGUUUCCAGCGAGUGUAACUGAGUUGACUCGGCUGACCCGGUUGGACAUCUCUUCAAACAACUUUACUGGGCCAAUCCCUUUUGCCGUUAACAAUUUAACUCAGUUGACGGGCAUUUUUCUCGAGAACAAUGGCUUCAACGGCACACUUCCGAGCAUUAAUCAACCAGGCCUGUUGAAUUUCAACGUCUCAAACAAUCGCCUGAAUGGUUCAAUUCCCCGAUCACUGUCGAGAUUCCCUCCAUCGGCUUUCACCGGUAAUAUUGAUUUAUGCGGCGGACCAUUGCCACCGUGCAACCCAUUUUUCCCUUCACCUUCUCCUGCCCCAUCAGCGCCACCAAAAAUCACCCCAUCCCACAAAAAGUCUAAAAAGCUCUCUACUGCUGCCAUUAUAGGAAUAUCAGUAGGUGCAGCGCUGGGAUUACUACUACUACUUGUAAUCCUCUAUCUUUGCUGUCGAAGAAGGCAAAGACAAAAAGACUCAACCAAAGUGCAGAAACCACCGGCAGUCUCAAGGGCAGCGGCAGGGGCAGCUGGAGAGGCCGGAACAUCGUCGUCCAAAGACGACAUAACUGGUGGUUCAGCAGAAACUGAGAGGAAUAAACUGGUAUUCUUCGAGGCGGGGGCUUAUAGUUUCGAUCUGGAGGAUUUGUUAAGGGCUUCAGCAGAAGUAUUAGGAAAAGGAAGUGUUGGUACUAGUUAUAAAGCAGUGUUAGAAGAAGGCAGCAUUGUUGUGGUGAAGAGGCUAAAAGAUGUGGUGGCUUCAAAGAAAGAAUUUGAACAGCAAAUGGAAGUUUUGGGGAAGAUUAAGCAUGAAAAUGUGCUGCCAUUAAGAGCCUUUUACUAUUCUAAAGAUGAGAAAUUGUUGGUCUUUGAUUAUAUGCCUGCUGGUAGCUUAUCUGCUCUUCUUCAUGGUAGUCGAGGCUCAGGGCACACCCCACUGGACUGGGACAACAGAAUGAGAAUAGCAUUGAGUGCAGCAAGAGGCCUCGUGCACUUGCAUGUAUCAGCAAAAGUAGUCCACGGCAACAUCAAGUCAUCUAACAUCAUCCUCAGGCUAGACAACCGCGAUGCUUGUGUAUCAGAUUUUGGGCUCAACCAACUCUUCUCGAGCUCAACCCCACCCAAUCAUCGCGUAAUGGGCUAUCGUGCACCUGAGGUCCUCGAAACCCGUAAAGUCACAUUUAAAUCCGACGUCUACAGUUUUGGAGUGUUAUUAUUAGAGCUGUUGACCGGCAAAGCACCAAAUCAAGCUUCAUUAGGUGAAGAAGGGAUUGAUUUGCCUAGAUGGGUACAAAGUGUAGUGCGGGAGGAGUGGACGGCGGAGGUGUUUGACAUCGAGCUAAUGAGGUAUCAUAAUGUUGAAGAAGAGAUGGUGCAACUUCUUCAGAUAGGAAUGGCUUGUGUUGCAUCAGUGCCGGAUCAAAGGCCGGCAAUGCAAGAAGUGGUGAGAAUGAUGGAGGAUAUGAAUAGAGGUGACACUGAUGAUGGGAUACACCAUUCGUCUGAGAAAGGAUCCGACAGCCAAACACCGCCGCAAGAGUCGAGGAGCUCUCCCCCUGGAAUCACACCUUAG